AUGCUCUUUCUUUUGCGGAGUUCUGUUGGGCGGGUUGUCGAUUCAUUAAUUUACUGGUUGCUAGCAGUGCUCCGCACUUUUCGGCAGGAGCCGGGAGCCAGCCGCAUUCCCACCACCGGGCCACUGCUGUCGCGCGGCUUCCGGUAUCGGCCGGUGCCACCGGAGCGGCCGCGCCUGGCUGCGACACGGCAUUUGUACCCGGAGUUCAGGCGACACGCGCGUCGUCGAACUGGGCCGCGAGGGGCGGUGGGCGAAAACCAUUCUGUAUGGCGCCGGCUCCGUGGCGCAAGCCCCUCCGGGAAAGGAGGAAAGCCGCUGGCGAGAGCCAUCGAGGCGUUUGAAAAAUGGUUAGCAAGCAUCGGCCAGCCAAGGUUCUGGCGCCCCCACCUCCACCCCCACCGGGACAAAGUGCGCAAACUUCCCCAGCGGCAGCCUCCGUGUGAGCCGGCCCGGCGUCAGUUUUUGGUGUCUAAUUUACGGUUUUUGGCGCUGCAGAAACGCGGCCCCACCCGCCACCGCACGGUUUGCCAAGGUUGUCGCCCAGGAAUCGCGAAGGCUAACCAGCUGCCGCGUGGCGUGAAGAGUCGCGCGUGUGCCCCCUAA